UAGGUACCGAUCAUGGCUCCUAGAAUUCCCUUCUUCAGCUCUUCUUUUGUGCAUCGUCGCCUUAAAGAUUCAGGCCCGAGCUUGUUUUUCUUCGUUCCAACAUGCUUAGCUUUUACAACUUGUGUUUUUAUUUUCUUUUACAUAAGUUCUACGUCAAAUAUACUGAGUAUCCACCUAAACGAAACUCGUCUGCACGUCAGGCCUCCAGUACAACUCUCCUCUAUUUCUUCACCCCCAAGCACUUUCUCCUCCCCGGUUACGAUCAAGAUUCCACAUGAACAAGGGCAGCAGCUUGAUGCUCCUAGACUCCACUUUUCGGAGCCGGCCCAAGUGCUACUUGGUGAGACGACGUUCUAUAUGUUAGUCAACGACAGUGAUUCACGUGGCGUUCUUCAAGAAGCCGCCAAUACUAGCCUUCCAGCUGAUCAGUUGGCCAAAGCAACUGAAGCUUCGUCUUUGUCUACGAAUGACGAGGAUGAAGCUCCUGAUCAGGAGGAUCAAAAUGAUCAGUUGCCUGAGCCUGAGGAGAUACGUCAACAAGGAAGACGUGAAGGAAAUAACGUGGAUGAAUUCGACGUAUUCCAUGACAAAGCUCUCUUCCAGCAAGAAUACAAAGAAAUGAACAAAAGCUUGAAGAUUUUUGUUUACCCUCACAAGCGAAACGAUCCUUUUGCAAACGUGCUGCUACCGGUAAAUGACGAACCGGGAGGCAACUAUGCUAGUGAAAGUUACUUCAAGAAGGCCUUAUUCAAGAGCCAUUUUAUCACGAAAAAUCCUUUGGAAGCUGAUCUGUUUUACCUCCCAUUUUCCAUUGCAAGUCUGAGGCAUGACAAGAGAGUUGGCGUGGGUGGAAUACAGGGUUUUGUCAGAGAUUAUAUUCGAGAUAUCAGCAAGAACUACCCAUAUUGGAAUAGAACAGGCGGGGCUGAUCAUUUUUACGUGGCAUGCCAUUCUGUUGGGAGAUCUGCAAUGGAGAAGGCAACUGAAGUUAAAUUGAAUGCCAUACAAGUCGUGUGCUCCUCAAGCUACUUCCUUCCUGGUUAUGUUGCUCACAAAGAUGCAUCCGUACCCCAGAUUUGGCCUAGGAAAGGAAACCCCCCUAUUCGAUCACCGUCAAAAAGGGAAAAACUUGCCUUUUAUGCCGGAGCAAUGAACUCCCGGGUACGCGAGUUCCUAGUGGAAGUGUGGAAAAACGACGCCGAAAUCUCAGUCCACCGAAGCAGGCUAAAAACGCCAUACUCAGAAGCACUUCUGGGGAGCAAGUUCUGCAUCCAUGCAAAAGGCUUCGAAGUCAAUACAGCUCGAAUUGGUGAUGCUCUAUAUUACGGUUGUGUCCCUGUUAUCUUGGCCGAUCACUAUGAUCUCCCAUUUGCGGAUAUAAUAAACUGGAACAGCUUUUCAGUGGUCAUGUCCACCGUGGAUAUCCCAAUUCUGAAGAAAGUACUCCUGCAAGAAAUAAACUCCAGUAAUUACUUGAAGUUACAAAGCAACGUAAUGGAAGUGCAGAAACACUUUCAAUGGCAUGAUGUCCCUGUUGACUAUGAUGCAUUUCACAUGGUCAUGUUUGAGUUAUGGCUGCGCAGGAGUCAUCUGAGUCUUGCAAUUAAUUAGUGGCUAAUUGUAAGUCUAGUAAGUGGUCACACAUACACCCUAGUUAUACUAGUAGUUGAAUUUUUUUUUUUAAUUUUUUGCCGCAAUAUACUAGUAGUUGAUUGAGGAGGAUAAAAAAUUGUUCUUCAAUGGGGAGUUCGCUACUUCUUUUUAUGUAUAGUACAGAAAUACAAGCUGUAUAUUCAUCCAUUUGUUUUAAAUAAUG